GGAAUUUGUAUAGCAACAAAAAAGUUACCCAAAAAGUUUUGUUUACAGAAGUUAAAACUGCCUUAUCUAGAUCAUUUGGUCAAAAGUUAACUUGAUAUCGAUGAAUUUAGAAAAUGUGUGGUCCAAAGUAACAGUGGGUGGUUCCAAACAUCAAAGGUAAUGGAAGUUACAACAGCUGUAAGCCUUAGUCAAAAGGAGAGAGUCCUUUCUCCGAAGCGUAAAAGCAACUUUGCAGGAGAGCUUGUUAUUCUGAAUGAAGGAAAGCCUGAAGUGAUACCAUCAAAUAACAGGCCAGUGUCUGCAGGAAAGUCUGCAUUGAAAAGGCCAUCAAGUGGAAGUCUUGAAGUUCUGAAGUCAGAUGCAUCUGUACAUUCAGAAAUAAGGAAGACAAAGUUUCAGUCACCUGAAACAGGUGCUGUGAAACAGGAGAAGCAAUUUCAAAGUACAGAACAGAAAGAGAAACAAAAAUGCAGUUGUUCUGGAACCAAGCUUUGCCAAUACUGUGUUGGCGUCAAAGAGAAAAUGAAAGAACUAUCUGUUAGCGGUGUUUGUUUAAACAGCCAAAAUAUUAAAUCAAGAAGUCUUAUGGCGCCGAGAGCAGUUCCUUCAACGAAAUCCUUUACCCCAUCAAACACACCUGCAAUCGGAGAAAACAGUAAUGCUCCAAACGAAUCUGAGAGUAACUCAAAUGAAGAUGAUACUGAUGAUGAUGAUGACCAACAGGGUGGUGGAAACAGGGAAGAGUUUCUUUCUAACGGUCAAGCCCCUGCUCCAAAUAAGGCCUCUUUAGAAUUACUUGGUCAGUUUCUUACUGCAUUGAUGAAGAAGGAUUACAGCGAAGCACAGGACCUUUGCGACCAAAUUCUUGAAGUGGAGCCUACCAACCCUACAUGUCUGGAAUUUCGUUCAACAUUGAAAGAGAAGAUUCAACAUGAUGAAGAAAAUAGUGGCAGCACUGAUGAUGAUGAUGAUGACGAAGAGGAAGAAGAUUCCGAUGAAGAUGGUGACAGUGGGGAGGACUCAUCUGAGGAUGCAUCAGAUGAAGACAAUGACCUCUCAGAAGAUGAUAAAGACGAUGAAUUAGCUGGUAUUGAUGUUAAUAAACUGAAUUUGUUUGUUGGUGGAGUACCUGUAAAGAAAAAAAGUAGAUCUUAAGAAGUUACAUGCGAAAGCUUUUUAACUAAUACAACCAUAUUGCCGUCUAGUAACACCUCCGACCUUCAGAGACGGUGGUCUGACGUCACACAGCGUUUAAUCGAACAGUUUUACGAAUUGCAUCAGUUUUACUAAUUUAUAUCUACCAAACUACAUAUUUCUUUGCCAGGUUAAGAAAGCCUUGCAAAAAUAAUGUAUAAGUUUGUAUUGGUAUGGCAUGGCUCAUUACGAAUUGAAAUACAAAAGAGGAUUUUUUUUCGGUUUUUGGACACUUGUUGAGUAACAGCCUUAUCCUCUCUGUUGUUCUGAUGCAUUUCUAAGAACUGUUAUGAAACCUUCCAUUUUUUCCGAUUAAAAAUCAUCAGUUAUAUUUUGUCAAAGAAGGAGACGUUGAUUUGAUUGUCAGAAUCUUGCAUCUAACUUUAUAUAUGGACCAAGGAAAACCCCCAGUUUACGAAGAAUAUUUAAUACAGCGAGGAAUUCAUUUUUUUAUAAAAAAAAUAGAGAUUUAAUGAUAACCCAUUUUUUGCCACGGAUUCAAAAGAGAAAUU